CGGCUGCGGUGGGAACGGCGGCCCAGAGCCCUCUCGCGGCCGUGGCGGAAGCAGCGCCAGCCCCAGCAGAGCCCGGCCGCCGCCGCCGCCCCCUCGCGCGCCCGCCGCCCGGCCCGUCAUGAGUGAGGCGGCUCGGGUGCCCUCGCUCUCCGCGCCGCCGGCGGCGGAGGUGGCCGCGCCCGACGAGAGGAAAGGGAAGGAGCCGGAGCGGGAGAAGCUGCCGCCCAUCGUGCCGGCGGGUGCCGGCGCUGCUGCGGGUUUGGACAGAGGAUCCGAAGGCCAAAUUUCCACUUUCAGCAGUUUUAUUUCAACUGUUAGCCAGAAUAAAGAAGCUGCAGAAAACAGACGUUCACCUACACAUCGUGUUUUCCCUAACAUCAAGAAUGUGAGAGACCUAACACCAAUUUGCCUUGUUGUUAGACAGAAACAGCGCAUCUCUAUGGAUACAUUAUUAUCCGAAACGAAGGUCCCAGGUCUUCCAGAACCUGCCCUUCCUAUCCAGCCCAAAACUAUAAAAGACUUUCAGGAAGAUGUGGAAAAAGUUAAGUCAUCUGGAGAUUGGAAAGCAGUACAUGAUUUUUAUCUAACAACGUUUGAGUCUUUCCCAGAACUAAAUGCUGCAUUUAAGAAAGACACCACCGCCUCAUUUAAUACCAUUGAAGAUUCUGGGAUUAAUGCUAAAUUUGUGAAUGCUGUAUAUGAUGCCUUACUUAAUACUCCUCAAGACAUUCAGAAGACAGUAUUAAAGGGAAUCAUUAACAGCCUACUACGAGAAUGGAAAGGUCCACGAGCAAAAGAUGAUCUUAGAGCAUAUUUUAUACUUUUACAGAAUCCUCAAUUUAAUAACACAUCUACGUAUGUCAUCUAUGCUCACUUGCUUCGACAGAUAGCUACUUUAGUGGAAGCUGACCAUCAUUUCCUAGUUCACUGGUUUAAAAAAUUAUCCCAGAAGAGGUUCAAACAAUUGGUAGAAAAAUUGCUGCAAUUUAUUUCCUUACGCCUGUUUUCUGCAAAGCCUGAAGAAUUUCCACCUAUAACAAAGUGUUCCUGGUGGAUCCCAUCAGCAUCUAAAGUGUUGGCUUUACUUAAUACUGCAAACAAUUUGCUUCACCCUCCCCUUAUUCCUUAUACUGAUUUCUAUAAUUCUACAUUGGAUCACAUUGAUCUCAUGGAAGAAUACCACACCUGGCAGAGCUUUGGAAACUCACACAGGUUUUCCUUCUGUCAAUAUCCAUUCGUUAUUUCUAUAACUGCAAAAAAAAUCAUUAUUCAGAAAGACUCAGAACAACAGAUGAUAAGCAUCGCAAGGCAAAGUCUGGUGGAUAAAGUAUCUCGAAGACAGAGACCUGAUAUGAAUAUGUUAUUUCUAAAUAUGAAAGUAAAACGGACACAUUUGGUUAGCGAUUCACUUGAUGAUUUAACCCGGAAAAAAGCAGACUUGAAAAAGAAGUUGAAAGUUACAUUUGUAGGGGAAGCUGGUUUGGAUAUGGGUGGCUUGACUAAAGAAUGGUUCCUUCUUUUAAUUCGCCAAAUUUUUCAUCCAGAUUAUGGCAUGUAUGCAUACCACAAGGAUUCACAUUGUCAUUGGUUUAGCAGCUUUAAAUGUGAUAACUAUUCUGAAUUCCGAUUGGUUGGAAUUCUUAAGGGACUCGCAGUUUAUAACAGCAUUACCUUGGAUAUUCGCUUCCCCCCCUGCUGUUACAAGAAAUUAUUGAGCUCUCCCAUCGUUCCUAGUGAUCAAAAUACACCAGUAGGUGUCUGCAAUGUUACCACUGAUGAUUUAUGUCAAAUCAUGCCUGAGUUGGCUCAUGGAUUAAGUGAACUCCUGUCAUAUGAAGGCAAUGUUGAAGAAGAUUUCUAUUCAACAUUCCAGGUUUUUCAAGAAGAAUUUGGAAUAAUUAAAUCCUAUAAUUUAAAGGCAGGUGGUGAUAAAAUUCCAGUUAACAAUCAAAAUAGGAAAGAAUAUGUACAUCUUUAUAUUGACUUUCUUCUCAACAAAUCCAUCUAUAAGCAGUUUGCUGAAUUUUAUUAUGGAUUUCACAGUGUGUGUGCUUCAAAUGCCCUAAUGCUUCUUCGUCCAGAAGAGGUGGAAAUUCUAGUAUGUGGAAGCCCUGAACUGGAUAUGCAUGCUCUGCAGAGAAGUACUCAGUAUGACGGCUAUGCAAAAACUGACUUAACUAUAAGAAAUUUUUGGGAUGUUGUGCUUGGAUUUCCUUUUGAUCUUCAGAAGAAGUUGCUACAUUUUACUACAGGAAGUGACAGAGUGCCUGUAGGAGGGAUGGCUGAUUUGAACUUUAAAAUCUCGAAAAAUGAAACUUCUACUUACUGGUUGCCUGUGGCCCACACCUGCUUCAAUAAACUUUGCCUUAACACCUACAUGAGCAAAAAGGACCUGAAACAGAAAUUGAUCAUUGGAAUUUCGACUUCAGAAGGUUUUGGACUUGAGUAACCUAGAAGACUUGAAAUAUAUUUUAUAUGUAGCAUUCACUUCCCUCUUAUUGUGCCUUUAACCUUUUCAUGUUUAUGUCUCAAAACACCUUGACAAAGCUCACCAACUUUAGAAUACCGUUUUAUUUUUUAUCCAAUUUGAAGUAUGUUCAGGGGAGGAGGCAUGGUUUUAUAAAAACACAGAAAUUGCUUGAAUGAGGAAAAGUCCAGAUGGCAGAGACAGAUGUAGGUCCAGUCCCCCUCUUUUAUAGCACUUUAACAUUCUCCAUAAGUCGUUUGUCACAGGUGUUCCCACUGGGGAGGGAAGCACAGUGAAGAAGGCAUUAACGACGGGGGAGAACCUAGUGGCAGGUGUGCACAGCUCGCACUCAGUAGCAGCACAGAUAGCUGCACUCGCAUUAAUUUAAGGCAUGUAGCCAUAUUUUCAUAUAGAGGUAAACAACAGUAUAAAUGCAAUUCACAGGGUAUUUUGAUAUACUGGCUUUGGUCCUAUAAGAUUCUUUUCAAUUGUUGAAAAGCAUGUAAAUAACUACAUUAUAGACUGAGAAUAAUGGGAUUUUGAUAGUGCCAUUUAUUGCUAAAGAUUUAUUUUUACAAAGUAAAUUCAGGGUUUUAGAUGUGUAUACAGCUUUUACAAAUCAAUAAAAAUGAUUGUACAAGAGUGUAACUAUUUUCAGACUAAUUAGAUUCAAGGCUAUAUUCUUUUCAGUUUUAUUGUUAGUGUGCAUGCACAUUGGUAGUAAACUAGUUACUUUGAGUACUUUGCAAUAUUUGUAUAAUGAUCAUUUCUCCUUAAGGGUCAGGAUAUUAGAAAGGAAAUCAGAUCUAAAGAAUCAUUGAUAAAGUAAGCCAAUUACAAGCACAAAAGAAAAGUACCAUUUUUAUAUAUACUUUGAUUGAUACACAAGGCUUAUUUCUAAUUUUUUUGAUCACGAGUUGUACUAAAACACUAACUUUUGAGAAAGAUAGGAUAAGAUACUAGACAAAAGUGAAUACAGUAAUAACAUUUGUGUCAAAAUGAUGUAGCUUGGCAUAAAAAUAAAGUUCAACAUUUUGGCCAAAAUGUUGGGUUUUCACUAGAUUCUGAAUAUAGUAACUUCAAAAUACCCAUUUUGGAGUUUCUAAUAAAAUAGCAUGAAAAAAGAAACUGCAUUUUAAGUCAGACAGUAAAUGGUUUUCUUUUCAAUUUAUAGCAAAUGAAGCAGUUUUAUUAG